CCGAGGGUCUGGGCUGUAGGCAAAUGACCAGUUCGGCAGUUUAUACCUUAGACUGAGGUUAGAGAUAAAUACACCGUGAGAGUGUGUGAGGGGUGAUUACUAGAGUAAUAGUAAUAAUAAUUAAUAUUAGUAAUUUAUGUCAGGUUAGUGUUUCGUAUCAGUAAGAGGACGUGGAUGCUGCUAAGGCUAAUUUCUUCGCGUCAGGUUCAUGCUAAUGUUUAGCUAGCAUGCUAAUCCUGUUUUGCUAGCUGUGUGUUGUUAUGGAUACAGUCAGACUUAUUGUUUUUACACCUGGAUUGCAGCCGUGUUAGUUAAUUAGCGAGGUGUGUACGUGUGUGUGUGUGUUUGGCUAAGCUGAGGAUGUUCUAGUGAGUUGAGUUUUAAAGACAGAAUGAGUUUCACACUGAAGAGGAUCUGCUUUCUCCUGCUGCUCUUCUCCAUCCUCAGCUUCACUCUGACAGCUGAAGUGGACCAGGAUGUCCAGGAGACCAGUCCCUCUCAGGAUGAGGAGAAAGAGGAAGAAGAGAUGCCCGUGAUAGGACACUUCAUCACACCUGAGGAAAUGGCCGAGAUGAGGGCCGAGCUUGAGCGCCAGAACGGGAGAGACAGAGGAGAGGAGAGAGAACCCGAGGAGGAGGAGAUCCAAAAGGAGGAGCUUCCAAACCAACCUCCUCCUGCAGACGCCAAGCCCAGAGAGGUUCCCGUGGUAAUAGGUGGCACAGCCUCCGGUGAGCCCUGCGUGUUCCCCUUUCUGUUUUUGGGGAAGGAGUACUCGGACUGCACCACAGAGGGGAGGGGCGACGGGCGGCUCUGGUGCGCCACCACAUACGACUACGAGCUCGACAAGAAGUGGGGCUUCUGUGAAACGGAGGAGCAGGCGGAGCAGAGAAGGCUGGCGGAGGAGGCGGAGGAGCAGUACCAGCACACACUGCGUCUCCUGAACAGCACCAGCAGGAGGAGCCAGAGGAGAGAGUUGUACGGGAAGCUGGUGAAGGUGGCGGCGAUGGGUCACACUAAGGCCAUGGAGAAGGUGGGCUACGCCAUGCUGUUCGGAGAUUACCUCCCCCAGGGCGUCCCGCAGGCCAGAGAGAUCUUCGAGAAGCUGGCGCUGGAGGGCUCGCCCAAAUCACAGACGGCCCUGGGGUUCCUCUACGCAGCUGGAUUAGGAGUAAACUCCAGUCAGGCUAAAGCAUUAGUGUACUACACGUUCGGUGCUCUGGGAGGAAACCUGCUGGCUCACAUGAUCCUGGGUUACAGGUACUGGGGAGGUGUGGGUGUUCCUCAGAGCUGUGAGUCGGCCCUCACACACUACAGACUAGUGGCCAAUCACGUGGCCAGUGACGUGUCCCUGACGGGGGGCAGUGCGGUGCAGCGGAUCCGUCUCCUGGACGAGGUGGAGAACCCGGGCUCUCCCAGUGGGAUGCUGGAGGAGGAUCUGAUCCAGUACUACCAGUUCCUGGCUGAAAAGGGGGACGUCCAGGCGCAGGUGGGUCUGGGGCAGUUACACUUACACGGGGGCAGAGGAGUGGAGCAGAAUCACCAGAGAGCGUACGAGUAUUUUAACCAGGCAGCUAACGCAGGAAACACACACGCCAUGGCGUUCCUCGGAAAGAUGUACUCAGAGGGCAGUGAGUUUUUGCCCCAGAACAACGAGACGGCACUGCAUUACUUUAAGAAGGCAACUGAGCAGGGUAACCCUGUGGGACAGAGUGGACUGGGCAUGGCAUACCUUUACGGGAGAGGAGUGCCUGUGAACUACGAGCUCGCCCUAAAGUACUUCCAAAAGGCUGCAGAGCAGGGCUGGGUGGAUGGACAGCUACAGCUGGGGACCAUGUACUACAACGGUAUCGGAGUGAAGCGUGACUACAAGCAGGCUCUGAAGUUCUUUAACCUGGCGUCUCAGGCGGGUCACAUCCUGGCCUUCUAUAACUUGGCCCAGAUGCACGCUACAGGAACCGGCGUCAUGCGCUCCUGUCACACGGCUGUCGAGCUGUUUAAGAAUGUGUGUGAGCGCGGCCGGUGGUCCGAGAGGCUUAUGAGCGCUUACGGCAGCUUUAAGGAGGGAGACACGGACUCGGCGCUGGUCCAGUACCUGCUCCUGGCUGAACAGGGCUACGAGGUGGCGCAGAGUAACGUGGCCUUCAUCCUCGACCAGAAGCAGUCCCGGAUCUUCAGUGAUAAUGAAACCUACCCUCGAGCUCUUCUACACUGGACCAGAGCGGCUGCACAAGGUUACACUGUGGCCAGGAUUAAACUGGGUGAUUAUCAUUUCUAUGGUUACGGCACUGAUGUCGACUACGAGACGGCGGUGAUCCACUACAGACUGGCGUCGGAGCAGCAGCACAGCGCACAGGCCAUGUUCAACCUGGGGUACAUGCACGAGAUGGGCCUUGGCAUCAAACAGGACAUCCACCUGGCCAAGCGUUUCUACGACAUGGCUGCCGAGGCGAGUCCUGACGCCCAGGUGCCCGUGUUCCUCGCCCUGUGUAAACUGGGACUCCUCUACACACUGCAGUACCUCCAUGAUCUAAACCUAAAGGAGCUCGUCUCUCAGGUGGACCUGGACCAGCUGCUGGGACCCGAGUGGGAUCUGUACCUCAUGACCGUGAUCGCGCUGCUCCUGGGGACCGUCAUCGCCUACAGACAAAGACAGCACCAGCCCGUCCCGAGAGCCCCACCCGCCCCGCCCAGACCCGUCCCCCAGCCGGAGCAAGGUGGCCCCGCCCCCGAACCCGACCACGAUUAAAGAGCCGCAGCGCAUGGACACCCGUGAGAGACCCGAGACCGCGAGAAAGGCGGAGCCUGAGCGUGCUCUUUCCGCCCACACCAGUAUUACCUUAAGGGACAGACCACUCCCAUGAUCCUCGGCGAGGGCGUCUUACACACACACACACACACACACACACACACACACACACACACACACACAUAUAUAUAAAUAUGAGGGCCAUACCGAAAGAGACACACAACACAAAGUGCAAGAAGCUAAACUGUGACAAAGACGGUUCAAAGGUCAGGCUCCAUGACGACGCAAACGCACAGCGUGUGACCGAGUCUGUGAAAUCGUACCUUGAAGUUUGGAUGAAGUUUUACACGAACUCCUGUGUCGGUUAUUAAAAUGUUAUCUCCACUUUUGCAUUACUUUCGGUACAGCCCUUUACACACACACACACACACACACACACACCAUGCGCUUCGAGAACCGGGACUUGGUUCUAAAGUGUGUACGGCUCAGGGUGCAGCAGACAAAGACUCCAUUCACUCGUCCCUUAGGGGAGAAGUUCGGUACUUCUGAACACUGAGGACGAGAACCCCAUCUCAUUUUGUUUAUUUUUGUUUGUUUUGCUAAAUAAGACCUAAAACACACUGGAAAUCAUUAAAAGUCACAACAGUGGGAGAAAAAAAACAUUAGCAUGCUUUACUGUGUGUGUGUGUGUGUGUUAGUCAGAGUGGAGUUCAUUUAUAAGGUUAAAUUAUUAGACAGAUGUUUUCCACUUUGUGAUGUCACUUGACACUAUGGACCAAUCACAGUGGAUAUGCAAAUGAGGAGUGAGAACUGGACCCUUGAUCUGGGCGUGGCCUCAGCUUUUUUUUUUCUUUCUUUCUCUUUAAGAAUGUUACAUUGUUGCUGUCCUGUGCCUUUUUCUUUAAUUACAAAGGCAAGAUAUUUUCACAUUUAACACACACACACACACACACACACACCUACAAAAUGUCAGAUUUAUAUUAUGGUGAUAAAUGAGGAGGAGGAGUAAAGUGUGUUUGUGUGUGUACGGUUAUUACAGAGAGCAGAAUAUCACUAUUUGUUUCACAAAAUAAACAGGCAAGAUGAUCUUUACCGUGUUUGUUUGUGUGUGUGAGGUGAACAUUGUGUUUGUGAAUUCUUGCUGCUACUAAGUUGUAUAAUCAUGACGCUGGUCUAGGAGAGCGUCUAGGGUCGGGCAAAACUGCUUUCUUCCAGGCUAAUUUUUUUAAGUUUUGACCUGGCCAGGAAGUAUGGUAUAUCGACCCCACUCAGGAGUAGAGGGGCAUCUAAGAGCGUGUUGUGCUCCCCCACAACCAACACACACACAAACGCACACGGAGAAUGUGAAAUUACUACGUAGAAUGUAAAAUUAUAUAAAUUGCAUCUGUAUCUCAAAAUAUUAGAAUACUUCAUUUCAAGAUUAAGUAAAUUACUGUUCAUACAGUA